AUGUCUACCCGCUACCACCAAGCUGCCAGUGACAAUUACCUGGAACUUUUGAAAGAGGCUACCAGGAGAGAUCUGAAUUUAUCUGAUGAGGAUGGCAUGACUCCCACGCUCCUGGCGGCCUUUCAUGGGAACUUGGAAGCCCUAGAAACCAUCUGCAGCAGGGGAGGGGACCCUGACAGAUGUGACAUCUGGGGAAAUACUCCUCUACAUUAUGCAGCCUCCAAUGGUCACACUCACUGUGUCUCUUUCCUGAUCAACUUUGGUGCUAACAUCUUUGCCCUGGAUAAUGACCUGCAGUCUCCGCUGGAUGCCGCCGCCAGCCGAGAGCAGAAUGAAUGUGUUGCUCUCCUGGAUAAGGCUGCCAGAAACCAGAACAUCAUGAACCCUAAAAAGGUCACCAGGCUGAAGGAGCAGGCUCAGAAAAAUGCCAAGAGACAAAUCAAAGAGUGUGAGAAGCUUCAGGAAAAACACCAGAAUAAGAUGGCCCGCACUCACAACAAAGAGGACUUUGGGACUCUCUCUUCCAAGAGCAGUUUCUCCAGCUCAUCCCUUUCAAGUGCUUCUACUUCCAGCACAUUUGGUUCUCUCUCGAAGGGCAUCAAAGACACCUUCAGGUUAAAGUUUAAGAAGAACAAAGACACAGUAGAACAGGUUGGAAAGGCAAACGGAAGUGGGCAGAGAAACGUGAUGGAAGUGUUCAUGGAAGAGGACGAGGAAUUCUCAGAGAACUUCAAAGAGAAGCUGCAUUUCUCAGCCGAGGAUGACGAUAGUGUACAGUAUGAAUCCAUUCUCAACCGUCCAGGUCUUGGAAAUAUUAUUUUUAAUACUAAUAGAAUAAUGAACUCCGAAGACAUCUCCGAGAGCAAGAGGGAGAUGGGGUUCAAAAUGACCAGUGAAUUGCUGCAGGGACCAGGAGCCGAAGAGACUGAUGAAGCUGAAGCUAUGGAAGAUAGGGAGGAAAAUGACCAGGAAGAUGAUCUGCCUUGGGCGGAGCAUGAGGUGGAGUGGGAGGAAGAUGUGGUCGAUGCUACGCCGCUGGAAGUGUUCUUGCUGUCCCACCACCUGGAAGAAUUCCUUCCGAUUUUCACAAGAGAGCAGAUUGACCUGGAGGCUCUGUUGCUUUGCUCUGACGAGGACCUUCAGAGCAUACAAAUGCAGUUGGGGCCCAGGAAGAAAGUUCUGAAUGCCAUAAUCAGGAGGAAGCAGGUGAUUCAGCAGUCGGGGAAGCUAGUUGACACCAGUCUCUGAUGGGAUGUGUGGUCUCCAGGGCAUGUCUAUAGCAGUGGCGUGGUGCUGUGUCCCACGAGAAGCACUCCAGGUAACACUCUUCUACCCUACACACUAGGCCAGUAGAAAUGGCUUCCAAAUAUCCAAGGAAACUACCAAUGAGCAACUCAAAGAGACCUGAAAAGGAUAAGAAGACAUUUCUCUUCAAUUAUCGUUGUGAUCUCUUUGAAUAUAGAAAAGACCAAGGGGUUACGGGGAAGGUAAAAAACUCGAUGAACUUUCCUAAUUCUGUAUACUUCAAAGUAUAAUGUCUUAUCCCACUAGGCUGGUGCUUACUUUCUGAUUCUUAUGGUCUGGGGAUUCUAACUCUAGUUUAGUUCCUAGUGCUAUGACUUUCCUUGUUUGGGGGAAACUAAAGUUUCUUCAUUGGCCUGAGGUUUGAAGCCCAACUUAAUUAUGUGUAAUUCUUUGUCAGAUUAUGGAUUCUAUGACAGAAUGAAAACGUCUGUUAUUGGGAAUAAAGAGAAAAUGGAAGGCAGGGGAGUAAAGAAAGAAAUAAGAUAUUGGUUACCAAGGACUGAAUCUUGCCCUUCCCUCCAAGUUUAUUUGUUAAAGUUCUACCCCUCAAUGUGACUAUACUUGAUGAUAGGACCUCUUAAAGAAGGUUAAAGAUAAAAAAAAAGAAAAACCUCAGGGUAGCCCCUAAUUCUAUAUGACUGGUGUCCUUGAAAAAGGAAGUUACCAGGAGUGAACAUUUGCAGAGAAAGAACCAUGUGAAGACAUGGCAAGAAGGCAACAGUCAUAGGAGAAACCAAGCCUUUCAGCACCUUGAUCUUGGACUUUUGACCUCCUGUUGUAAAAAAAUAAAUUUCUG